AUGGUCCGAACGAGUGAGACGCGGCGCGUGUGCCGCGUGCGGCUGCCGAAUAUCGCCUCUGCCUUGCGCACGAACCGGCGUGCGUUUGGCGUGUAUGCUUCCGGAGCGCUCUUUGCGGCGGGGUGGUGGAUCUUUUUGGAUGCGUGCGUGCGCUCGCACCACCUGCACCGUCCGCCGCCCGGCGACGAGCCGUUUCAGCCCCCCGGCGUCUCGAUCAAGCUGGACGACUGGGUGAGUGGCCUGAGCACGACGCUCGGCCUCGCGAUUGUGAAUAUGAUCAACAAGCAGCACCUGCUCGACGAGGGCGCGCUGCAGUCGGGCGCCUGGAACGAGGACCCGGUGCUUUGGCGGACGCGCAUGUGGCUCUUUAUCGGCUUUGCGUUCCUCGCGGGGGGCAUGGCUGGCUCGAUGGCUGUGCUGAUCAUCAAGUAUAUGGCCAACAACGCGGCCGAGGGGCUGGUCGAGCUCGGCGUGGCCGGCGUCGUGCAAAACAUGGCCAUCAUGGCCUGCGCGGUGAUCCUCUGGUUCAGCCAGCGCGUGGAGAGCGACUACGAGUACAACCUGACCCUAUAG